AUGACUGGAAACUUCACUGAGAAGGACAGCGAGGCCAAAAAGGCCGUUAAAGAUACUGCCAUGACCAACGAGGUUGAGCACACCGAGGACGCAGCCGAGGGCCCCGCGCAGAAGAAGAAAAAGAAGAGAAGGCACUCUGAGGCAUACUAUGACCAGCGAAACACACAAGAUAACAAGGAUCAGCGCAAGGAGUGUAGUCGUCUCCGAAAGGACAGCAUUGAGGCCGUAUGUAAUAGCCUCCCCCGCGUGCGAUGUCCAACUACCAAAUAG